CGCUGCUGGCGGCGGCGGUGGCGCUGGCGCAGGGAAAGACGGUGGACGCCGACCGCACGCUGGAGUCCUUCAUCUCCCGCUGCGGCUCCCCCGCCCCCGCCUCCCCGCCCGCAGCAGCCGCCCUGGCGCCCACCCUCAUGCGCGCACAAGCGGCUCUGGAGGCGGGCAACACGGGGGCGGCAGCGGCGCUGCUGGCCAGCCUGGCAGAGCGAGAGGCGGCACUGGACGCAGCAGCUGCUGCUGGGGGUGGUGCUGCGGGUGGUGCUGGGGGUGCGGAGGGAGGUGCCGGUACGGCAGCAGGGAAGGGUGAUGACGAGGCGUCAGCGCUGUUGCGUCGGGUGGUGUGGAGCGGGGCGCUGGUGGCUACCCGGCUGGCAUUGUAC